UGGUUUCUUAUGUUCUUAUGUCUCACAGUUAAGACCGGUCCAGCCAGAAAGUGACUGAAUUUCGAUGCGUGGUUCUGUUAAAUUAUUCGCUUGAGCUACUAAUUCAUAAUGUUCCGCAAGUGUACAUUGUUAGCAUAUAUUUUACUUACAACACAAUAUGUUGUAGCAGAAGAUACUGAAAGUAACAACUGGUCGGAAUCAUUCAUUGAUCUGUACGAACGAGGAGUGCAGAGUUAUUUGUCGAACGAGUUUGAAGAUUGCGUGUACUUUCUGGAGUUUGCUCUUGAUAAGUACAAAAAUUACUAUGAAGCUACAGCAAAUUGCAGAAUUGAAUGCGAGUACAAGAAUAGGGAUAUAAAAAAUAAAGGCGGUUUUCUCCAUCCCAACGAUCUGGAAAAUCUUCACUUUUAUGAACUGAUACUCAAACGAACUCUAUGCCUUACAAAAUGUCGAAAUCGUAAUUCUAAUUACUUACCAUUCGAAGGCGAUUUUGACAAUUAUUUUAUGGAUAUAUUUCAAAACAGAGAAGCAUACUCUUAUCUGCAUAACUGCUACACAAAAACGAAUCAAGUAACGUUAGCAGCAUCCGCAGCAUUAACCUACAUGGUUAAACACCCCGGUGAUGAGAUUAUGAAAAAGAACUUCGAGCUUGCUAUCGAGAAACCAGGCGUUGAUAAAGAGGGAAUUGUGGAUUUGGAGGAAAAGAAAUUUGUUAAGCUAUUCGUUGCCGGUAUACUCGCUAUUAAUGACAAAGAAUGGCAGACUGUCAUUUCAGUCAUGGAAAGUUCGGUAAUGCAAUUCAUCUAUGAUGAAAACCAGUGUCGAGCAUACUGUGAAGGAGAAUUUGAUCAUGGGUUCAUGCCCGAUUUUGUGUCAGCCAUUGGAAAUCACUUCGCAAAUGUGUUAUAUUGCAAAAGAAAUUGCACGCGGGAGAUGGGUAUGGUGCGCGGAAAGUAUUAUUACAACUUAUUUGCCGGUCAUUAUCAGUACCUUCAAAUGGCGUACUACGAAGCUGGUAAAUUUGAAGAAUCUUAUCGCGCAGGUUUGAGCUAUUUAUUGUUUAAUAAGGGCGAUAUUGAUAUGUUGAAUAACUUAAAAAUGAUCGAAAAGGAAACCAAGGGAAUGCUUAACGAAAAUUUCUUCAAAGUUCGUAGGGAAGCAAACGAAUACCAUGAUAGGAACUUGUAUGAAGACAAAUUAGCAUCGUUUAUAAAAGAAGAGUUUAAUAAUCUCGCCGAUUCGGAAGAGGAACUCAUAACCGAGUCAUCUAGCGACGAUCAAGGAGAUGAGAAUGAAGCUGAAACCAAAGAUAAUGAUGUAGACAACGAGAUUGAGCAGAAAACAUUCAUUGAAGAUAUGGUGUACCAAACUCCAAGUAGGGGAUAUCAACGUGAUGAGCUCUAACAAAUUCCUGGUGCCAAAGGUAAACUUAGUUAGUCAUAGCUAUAACAAUACAAUGUGGGUACAUAAAUAAAUGUUCUUACCUGUAAAAUAUUAUUUGGAUUUUUCAUUUCAUCGGAACUGUGAUCAUUAAAGCAAACUAAAUCAUAUCGAGUAAAUGAGACAUUCCGUUUUAGAUUUAUUUUUCAGUUUAAUUCCUCACAAACGAACAAAGGCCAAAGGUUUUAGCCCACUCGGAUUUAUGUUCUUAAUAUACAAUAUGCGUAUGUAGUUGGUUCAAUAAUAAAGGUCAAACAAAA